AUGUUGAACAAGGCCGUCAGAUGUGCAUGCGUUGUGAGAUACUUUCGACGGUUUUAUGCUAUACCAGUUGGAGGAAUCAAAGGGAAAAUACGAACCACUAAGAGACCUCACAAACCUGCGCAGAUGGGGAAGUUGACUGAUGACGAUGAUUUUGAAUUUUUUGCCAAGAAAAUAACGAAAAUGAAAAGAAAUCAAGACACCAAGAAGGCAGAACAGGUUGAAUCGCAUGAGCUAGUGAAGGGUUCUGAUGCAUGGCUAGUUAAAUUCAACUCUAUGUCGGAGCGUCCUAUCUCUGAGAGAGUCAAUGAAGUGUCGAAAUUCUUUGCCAAAUUUUGCUCGUAUGACAAGAUUGAAAAGCUCAGCACGGAUUUCGUGAGUUGCAUUCGACAAAAACUGAUUCAAUUUGGCGAUAUCAUCUUGAAAGAUGUGGUGAAGGAUGAUGAUCAAUUGAAGACAGUGUAUAGCGAAUCAAACCCAAACUAUGCUUAUCUGCUCGCCUGCAUUCACAUUUUGAAUGGAUUCGAUCAUUCGGAGGUCAUUAAAAGUCGGAUGAGUGCGAAGAGAGUUGCCACUACUGAUGAGUUGAUCUACGAGGAGUUCAAGACGAUAUUAAAUAAAGAGCAAAGCAACGAACAGAGUACUAUUGAUGAUGAUCACAGUAAAGAGAUGGCUUCACUUGUACAAGCCUAUAUGAGACUUCCGAAACCGAGAAGUCUUCAUAUGCAAGCAGAAGACAUGGAGGAUUUCCUUGAAACCAUAGGAGAACACUUGGAUGAUAUUGAAUUGAAAACUAUAGGAGCCAUCUAUCAGGAUGUAAUGGAUUCAGGGAUGAUGCUAACUUCCGGGGAGUUGAAAAAGUGGAUGGCUUCAACUUUAGAGCAGUUUCAUGACUUUGAUAGUGAUAUCUACCAACAACUUAAGCUUGGAAUCGAGAAAUUGGGCUACAAGGUCACGAGGGAUCACUAUAAUUUAUUUCUUGCAGCCUGCUUGAACUCGCAAAGUUACGAUCUAUUUCAAGAGGUGCUUCAAGAUAUGGUCAAGUGCGGUCUUGAGCCAGACAGAUAUACGCUUACGUUGAUGAAUAACUACAGUGGAUUGACUGCUGAUAUGAACCUUUGGUUGAAUGUAAUGGAGUUGCGAAUGACGCAAUAUCCAUAUAUGCUUUCCACUGACGAUUAUGAGGCAGCAUUCAGUAGUUUAAUAUCUUUGGGAGGAGAGAAAUUAGGCAAGGACAUAUUACGGACCCUCAUCAGUAUCAGAGACGGAUAUAGAGAUAUGCAUAGAGAAGAGUUGGAAAAAACGGGUACGAUGGACAUUCUUGAGAUCGAUAAUUCUACCAAGCAGUAUAUUCCGUACGAGCAUCCGUUGGAACUGUUCGAUCUUGUGACUGAUCAGCAGGAGCUAAUCAUGAUCUACCCACGUUUAUGCAGCGGGAUGUUUGAACCUUUUAUAAAGACAUGUUCUACUAUGGAAGAUUUAGACAAAUUGAUACAGAUUAUGGACUCUAAUGGAGUCAUCAGGGAUUUGGAGACUUUUCAUUCGAUUUUUGACUUUUUGCUAGAACACAAGCAGGUUGUCAAGUUUGAGCGGUUCCAACAUAUCGUGAUAGGAAUCUUAAAUGAUGAUCACGACGAAUAUUUAUGCUACUUGAUGGAAGACGAACAUAAUCUACGGGCAUUUGUGACGUUGAGCCAAAUGUAUACGGAUGUUGGAGAAUUGGAUGCCAACAACGACCAAGUGGUAAAUAGUUUCAAGUUACUAUGGGGGUACUUAGAGCAAUUGGGGCAUGGAGAAGGUGUGGAUGAAGAAACGUAUACAGAAGCGGUUAAGAGCGUGUUGGUAUUGAGCAAAGCCAACGUUAAUUGA